AUGACCUCAGCUCUGAAAACUGCAGUCUUAAAUGACGGUCGUCGAAUCCCCAUUUUGGGUUUCGGAACAGGUACAGCACAAGCUCAUACCGAUUGUACUCCAGUGGUUUUUUCUGCUCUGUCAGCGGGAUUGAGACACCUCGAUUCGGCAUGGCACUACAAGAAUGGGAUGUAUACCAGUGCGGCGCUUCGUGAGAGUGGAUUGAAAAGGGAGGAUGUGUGGAUUACCAGUAAGGGAGGAGAUUAUGAUGGAAAGUCUGAAGAUUUCGAUGCUUGGUGGUAUAUCAAAGAAAUCUUGAGAGAUUUGGGAAUGGAAUAUGUCGAUCUUUUUUUGAUCCACGCGGAUAUCCUCGUUGGUUCAGUCACCAAAGCCUGGAAACAGAUGGAAGAAAUUAAGAAAGCCGGUUUGGCCAAAUCUAUUGGUGUAUCCAAUUUCACAACGGAAAAUCUGCAGGCUGUGUUGGACAUGUGCGAGAUACCUCCUGCCGUCAACCAAAUUGAAUUUCACCCUUAUUCUCUCCCCAUCUACGCCCCCACUCUCCUUCCGCUAUGUAGGAAACAUAGCAUCCUCAUCGAGGCUUAUGCACCAUUGAUGAGUCUCUGGCGUCAUCCAAACGGACCAGUGGAUGAAGUGGUGAAAACCGUCGUCAGUGAACGCGGAGGGAAAGAGAAUGAAGGACAAGUUUUGUUAAUGUGGUCUCAACAGGUUACAGGUGGUGUGGUCUUGACGUGA